CAGGAUUCUGGCUCAGUUUUCAGUUUGAAUUCGUGUGUCGGCCGGUCUAGUUGUGUGGCAACUGAUCGGCAGUUGUCGCCUCACACGUGUUGCGUUCCACUUGCGCUGCGCGAUUUCUUCGCACCCGCGGACACAGUGGCGUAUACGUUACGUAUUGUGGUGCACCCCAAAAAGCAGAAUAGUAUUUGUAAUUAUGUGAGUCGUGACUGUGAAAUGAAAAAUAUAAUUGCAAUUUCAAGCUCAGCCAGUGAUUUAACUGAAUAAAAUAACAAAAAAUAAAAAAAAAUUAAUAGAACGUGUUGGGCAAAGAAUGUUAUAUAGUUUGAAAAGUUUUGCUAGAAGGCGGAACAUCAUCAAUGUGAGUGCUGCGGACUGUGUGCUCUGCGACUAGAGCUCCGCGCCGCUUGGGGGCAAUGAAAUCACGGAAGCUGCCAAAAGGCUUCGUGCUUUGUGGCCUCAACUGUUUAACAUUCGUCUACUUCCCGCUCGUCCUGCCCAUCCUGCGAUGCUCGGCCGGAGCAGCGCCGGCGGCCAGCGGUGGCUCAAAAACCGGCGACGACUUCGACUACCGGAUGCAGCGGGUGCGGAAUGUCCUCAAGGAGGUGCCGCUGAUCGACGGGCACAACGAUCUGCCCUGGAACAUACGCAAGUUCCUGAAGAACCAGCUCAAGGAUUUCCACUUUGGGGGCGAUUUACGGGAACUGGCACCGUGGUCGUCGAGUGCCUGGAGCCACACGGAUCUGCGCCGACUGAAAGAGGGCAUGGUAUCGGCCCAGUUCUGGUCCGCCUACGCUCCGUGCUCGUCCCAGCACCUGGAUGCCGUGCAACUGACCCUGGAGCAGAUCGAUCUGAUCCGGCGACUUGUCCAGCUCUAUCCGCACCACAUGGCCCUAGUGACAACUGCCUCGGGUAUCGAGCAGACACACCGGAUCGGGAAGAUUGCCAGUUUGAUUGGGGUGGAAGGUGGCCAUGCCAUCGGCACCAGUCUCAGUGUCCUGCGAAUGUUCUACCAACUGGGUGCCAGAUACCUAACUCUCACCCACACCUGCAAUACACCAUGGGCGGACUGCUGCAAAGUUGACGAACCGGGAAAGUAUCCGCAUAUAGGCGGCCUCUCCCAAUUCGGAAAGCUGGUAGUCAAGGAGAUGAACCGGCUGGGUAUGAUUGUUGAUCUGUCACAUGUUUCGGUACCAACCAUGCUGGACGCCCUGGCCGCCUCGCGGGCUCCCCUCAUAUUCUCGCACUCCUCGGCACACGCCAUCUGCAACAGCAGCCGCAACGUUCCCGAUCAUGUCCUGCAACGCAUUGCAAUAAACGGCGGUCUGGUGAUGGUUGCCUUUUACCCGCAUUUCGUCAGCUGCUCCGGACAGGCAACAUUGCACGAUGUCGUGGCGCAUAUCAACCACAUAAGGGAGGUGGCUGGCAUCGAUCAUGUUGGCAUUGGAGCUGGCUACGACGGAGUCAACUUAGUGCCCAAAGGACUGGAGGAUGUGUCCAAAUAUCCGCAUCUUUUUGCUGCCCUGCUCGAGUCUGAUAAAUGGUCGGAGGAGGAUAUUGCCAAGUUGGCUGGCAAGAAUCUAAUACGUGUAUUCAAGGAAGUCGAAGCGGUACGAGAUCAGAUGGAGCUGCUGCGAGUGCCACCCAUUGAUCAGUCAAUUCCAGCCGAAGACAUUAUGGGCAGAUCCUAUUGUCGUUAUCAAGGACCAAGAACGUGAUAAUUUCUUCAUAUGUAAACUUCAUCCCGAUGUCCCCCCAGCGCACUUGCACAUACAUAUAUAUCUACGUAUGCCAACAGUUUCAUUCAACGGAGUCCCGUGGCGAGAAUGGGAAAAAAUUAUGUCAAGCGUACGUGUUGUAAAGUGAAACUUGUUUUAGGUUAAUUGACAAAGUUUUCCGGCUCUUGUUCUUGUUGUUGAUGCUGCCGUGCAUUGUUUGUCGGUGUGUGUAUGUGUGUGCGGUGUGCCUGUGUGUGUAUAAACAUGACGGUGCAAACAUAUAUCCAUAUCCCCAUACAUGCCACACUUGCAAAAACGCAGACAUUUUUCAAUCGCUCAGAGCCGAGAAGCUGACCAGCUGCUGUUUUCUGCUUCCAGACAACUUUGUGCGCAGCUGGCAGCGCCCAUAAACAAAUACAAAGUGGCAAGCUAGGAGACCGCCACGCCCCCAAAAACCACCCUAAACCACCAUCCCAUGCACCCCCGCACCACACCCCACUCACAUCAUCCAUCCAAGCCCCAACUAGCCAACAUUGUGUAAAUAUCAUUGCCAUGUUUAUUUUCAUCUCUAGAUCUAGCUCUAAGUCGGCAGAAAGAAAGGACAAGCUGAAGAAAAAAGUAGCAUAAAGCCAUAGCACACAAAAGGCGGAAAAAGUAAACCCCAUAAUAGCGAGAGUAAAGCACAUUUAGCCUCAAAUUAAUAAACCGAAUGCGAAAUGAAAAAUGGAUUCAAGAAACGGUAACAAAAAACCCACGGAUAAGCCCAAAACUAAAGCACAGAGUUAGUAAGAAAUAAAGUCUUAUUUUCAUCGGAUAUUUUUUCUAUGAAAAAGUUAUUAAAGUUUACAAUGAUUAUAGAUAAUAGUUAAUGAAAUUAAUGUUGAAUUCUCAUACUGAAAUUUUGGCCGGGCCAACAAGGAUCAGAUUGCGACAAAAGUUCAUUAAUUUGCCCUUAUUAGCCCGGCGCCGCGGCGCUCUCGACGAGACGAUGUAAUUAAAAAACAUUAUACGUUUAAAUCGUUUUUAAUUUUGUUAUUAACCCAAAUGAAAUUCCAGUUUAAUUAGUUAAUUAACAUUAAACAUUUAAUUAGGCAAGGUUUUAUACAAAUUGAGGAGAAAAAAAAUGAAUGUAAUUCAAUGCACGAAUGGAAUGUAACCGCAGAUUUUGCAUCAUUUGAAUGGCUUAAAUACCAAUCUUUUAAUCAAUAUGCAAGUAAAGCAGCGAAUAAACUGAGAAACGCAAUAUGGUUAAACAUAUUCUAUAAUUAAUAGAUCCAUGCAAAAUUAAGCCCGCCAAACUUGCAAAUAAGUUCACAAGCAAACCGAUUAAACGGCAACUAAUUAUAAUCUUCGCUAAAAAAAAGCGAAAGAACCAUUUAACUCGUAUAUCUCUGCAUAAUCACCCAUACCACACUCUCAUGUGUAGAUAUAUAUUUUAAACAUUUUACCUAAUUUAGUAAUCAGGUUUGCAGGUGCGAAACAUGCACAUUUUUCAACUGGCAUGGAUGUGAGACAGUUGUACUCUAAUCCAAUUUUUCAGCUCAAUUUAUAAAUUGAAUAAAAUAUUUUUGUUAAACAAGAUGAGAAACAGGAAAAAUUUAAAAACAUAUUUAAAGUUUAAACAGGCAAGGAGCGAAGGAUAAACAAACAGAAAAGAAUAACUCAUGUGAUCAAAAAUUAAAUUAAAUUACAUAUAUAUAUACUAUUACUACUUAUAUAUUACUAUGAUAAUUUAAUGUUUAAUGUGACACAAAAUAAAUAAAAACAAAAACAAUUUUCAAAAAAAUUCAACCAUUUUUACUGCUGAUUGAAAUUGUAAACCAAACUGAAAUUUAUCGAUUAUAAUAAGUAUUCAAUAAAAUGGAAAACUAAAUGUAACCCUAUAGAAAAAAAAUAUUAUGCACACUGAAUACAUAUGUGAGCAGUGUCGAACCCGUGUAAAUAUUUGUAUGAAUACCGAUCAAAUAGUAACAAUAAUUGUAUGAAAAGUAUGUCAAGUUGUGAAAUGGAAAGUAACCAAAAACGAGCAAAGGAUAAAUAAAUUUAUUCAUAUGUGUACAAUUGAAGAUGUCGUAAAUGGCCAGCAGAAAAUACAAAAGGAAUUAUAAAUAAAUUCAUAAAAUAUAAAACCUA